UAUUCUGUGAUCACAAAUUUCGGCCAGAGGCUGUUCAGUUGGCAAUUGAUGCGUUUUGCAAGGACAUGUUAUACAUUCAUAAUCGAUUGCCUAAAAGUAAAAUUGCGCCUGUAUAUCACAUUCCGUGUUUCAUCUACAUCGAUUCCUGUGCAAGGUUUAAGGUUAUAAACACUGGAACAAGUAAACAUAAAUAAUUUAUUUUUUGGGUAUUUUGAUUCGUAUGUAAAAACGCAAGCAGUUUCUGAAGAAACCGUCUCGAAUGUCGAAUGAAGCCCGUCGUGUCUUUAAGAUUAAGCUGCACUUCCGUCCGAUCCAGGUCCGGGGAUCCGUUGCGGGUGUUAGAGGGACCCAAUCCAUGUUGUGCUGCGCUCCCAUCAACAAGACUUAGUUUCUCCUAGUGGUGUACCUAAAGUUGGUAUCCCUGUGUAUCUUCCAAAAACAUGUCUGAUUUCGCGGAUGAUACCGGAGCGAGGGCCCUGCUGGCUCUCAAGUCUGCUCCCUGCAGCCCGGUGCGAGUGGCAGCAGCACCCAUGUACUCCCACUCGGCCAGUCCUGCAGGGAUUGAACCCGUAGCCCUAUCCCCUCCUCGGGCCCUGGCGCGCCUGGAAGGCAGGGACUUUGAGUUUGUAAUGCGGCUGCGGACGGUAACCAUCGGCCGUAACUCUUCACACGGAUCGGUAGACGUGAACAUGGGCCACUCCAGCUUCAUCUCUAGGCGGCACCUGCAGAUCACUUUUGAGGAGCCGUUUUUCUACUUGCGCUGCCUGGGCAAAAACGGCGUCUUCGUGGACGGCGUUUUCCAAAGGAGAGGCGCCCCUCCGCUUCGGCUACCGAGAGAGUGCACAUUCCGGUUUCCUAGCACAAUCAUAAAAAUCCAGUUCACGGCGUUGUGCCACCAGGAAGCAGUGAAGGAGAUCGUGUCCCUGUCCCCGGUCAGGCCGCUCUGUCCCCAGAUGUCCCCACUGAAAAUCAACAUUCCUGACAAUGACUUCAGGAGCCUCAUGAGUCCACUGGCCUCUCCAACAGGAACUAUCAGUGUCCCUAACUCCUGUCCCGCGAGCCCGCGUGGGGCCGGGUCAUCGGGCUACCGAUUCGGCCGCAACAUUACCUCAGACCUGCAGCUGGCGGCCGAAUUCGCAGCGAAGGCCGUAUCAGAGCAGCAGGCUGACAGCUCAGAAGGUGACAGCCCCAAGGAUGAGUCCAAGCCUCCAUACUCGUACGCACAGCUCAUCGUCCAGGCUAUUUCUUCAGCGCUGGACCGGCAGCUCACCCUCAGCGGCAUAUACGCCCAUAUCACCAAACACUAUCCUUACUACAGAACCGCAGACAAGGGCUGGCAGAACUCCAUCCGCCACAACCUGUCCCUGAACCGCUACUUCAUCAAAGUGCCCCGAUCCCAGGAGGAGCCGGGAAAGGGUUCUUUCUGGAGGAUCGACCCCUCAUCGGAGCCCAAGCUGGUGGAGCAGGCCUUCCGCAAGCGACGGCAACGAGGCGUGUCAUGUUUCCGCGCUCCGUUCGGCCCCCUGUCCUCCAGGAGCGCCCCUGCCUCUCCGACGCACCCUGGCCUUCUCUCCCCCCAUUCGAGUGACCUACAGACCCCAGAGUGCCUAUCGAGGGAAGGGUCCCCCAUCCCCCAUGAUCAUGACUUUGGCUCCAAGCUGGCCUCCGUGCCUGAGUACCGCUACACGCAGAGUGCUCCGGGUUCUCCGGUCAGCUCCCAGCCGGUCAUCGUCGCGGUGCCCCCCCAGCCCGCCGUCAUGACAGCCAAGCCGCUGACCUACACGCCGGUGUCCCUUAACCCCCCGGGUCACGCUCUCCAGGUGGUGCAACAGACGCCGGCCGUCACUAUGGUGCGGGUCGUGACCACCUCCGCCGGAUCCUCUAACGGUUACAUCCUAGGCCAAUCCAAGCCGCCCGGGAGCAAAGAGACAGUGGGGGAGGCCUACAAUCAAGGCCCUAUGGGUGAGCAACAGGCCGUGAGCUACGCACCAGUGUCUGCGCCCAGCCGCGUCAUCCAGGCAGUGAGCGGCAACCAGCCGACCUUCACUGUGGUCCAACAGGCUCCCAUCUGCCUGGGCCAGCACCAGCUGCCCGUCCGGCCCGUCACACAGAACGGGAAGCACGCUCUCCCGGUCACCAGCAUCUCCAGCUCCAUCUACGCCAUCAACAGUCCUCUGCAGAUCUUGGCAGCCCAGGCGUCCAGCUCCUCCCCAGUUGUGGUGAACAGACCGGCCAGCGUCGAGGCCGAGAAGCCAACCCCGGCCCCCGGCGAGCCCGAGGCCAAGCGGCCGAAGCGGGAGGAGGAAAGCACUGCUCCAGUCCCUCAGGCCGUUAUUGUAGCAGCGACGCCCCAGGACGCCGGGGAAUAAGGCAGUGUGCGGUAACGGCAGCAGCAAAAGAUACAUGCUGGAGGACUUGGUUUUUCCAGUGUGUUUCAGAGUAUCCUAAACCCAACGUGCCAAACAGCGUAGAGAAGUGCAUCCUAUUGUGAACUUAGCGUAAAGUAAAGAGCAGCUCGAAACUGAUAUUUCUCCUUGAAGUGACUAUAUCUGUUAAUCUUUGGAAGUGUUGCCCUCCAUUUUGAUUGCCAUUUUAAUGGAAAGACAUCCUUAAUACAGAGAGAGGAAGACGAUACUUAUAUUUUGUUGAAAUUUACAGCACUAAUUGUUGAUUCCAGGUUCCCUUGUAGCGUUGUUACCAGCUGGGUGGGACCAAAACUUACAUUAUUUUUAUCCACAGAUAUAUUUAGUCUCCUACAUGAAGCAUUAGGCAUUGAGAAGAGAACCCAGUGGUAUCUUAAAGUCUCAAUUUCGUAAAAAUAAAGUCUUGUUUUUUCACGAAUACUUUAUUAGCUUUCUAAAAAGUGGAUUGUUACAGAUGUGAUUAAAAAGCUGCUUUUUUUCUGAAAUGGAAGCUAUAUGAUACAAAAAUAAAAAGUAUUUUGCUAUUAUAGAGCAUUAUCAUAUGAUUAAAAGAUUAAAAUGUAUUUUUAACACCACAGUUUGCGAUUUAACCUCGGUUGAAUGUAAAGGGCUUUUUUUGAUAGCUUGGUUUCAGACAGCCUUUUGCAGUUCUGUCCACACUGAAGAACAACACACCCAGCGGAAUUUAUGAUCAAUCGCGGAGAGGCUGGGCUGCAGUAGGCCUCAGAUCCUCCUUUUGAAGGAGCGACCCACGUUCAACAUUAUGGUCCUUGGCUUUUAUGCUGAAUAGUUACCUAAGUGCCAGAGAGAUUGUGGUAUCUGGUUAGUUAGCCGGCUGCCAGGAAGAUCACGAUAUCUGGCUAGUAAGCUGUAUAAAAAUGCAAAUCUCCAGUUAAACUAUAUGUCAGGUGGGCCGCCCUGUCAUUUGUUUGCAGGUUAGACUCUUGAACUGGUCACUUUAUAAUAACAAAAACAUAAAUUCUACAUUUUCAAACUUGUGGCUUUCGUACAGCAGUUGCCUCAGUACUCCUGGUUCUCCACUGUCACCUCGAUACUGGGAAGAUGAUAAAUUGUCAGGUAGCUUUAUGCAGGCCUGCCUGUCCAUUAACAUGUUGGUCUGGCUGAUACCCAUGGACUUCUGGGAAAUGGUUGUCUCAGACAUUCUUCAAGUUGAAGAAGUUUGGUCAUCACUGUACUCAUACUGUUGCUUUUCAUCACACACGUCACUGUUCGACACGUUCGGGCCAGGUACUAAUUCUUGCGCCAUGUUUGGUUUUCCCAGAGCACCGAUAGCUCUUAUGAGUUAGUCACUACUGAUGAAUACAAGUAACUUUUUCAAAUAUCGUUGGACUUUGAGUGCAUUGAAAGGGAACGUAGAGGCUAUGCCUUGUAUCUCUUUGGUUUAACAUUCAGCUGGUUGCUGCAGCAGCACCACAAGAUCAGUUAUUACAAGAAAUAGUUUGUGUUUCAAAGAAAAGUUUCAACUGGAAAAGUCUCAGGCUGCUUCUCCACAUGUAGGUUUGGCCUUUUCAGCUAUAACAGGCUUGGUUCUGGGCCUGGUUAAGGGUUUUUUUUGUUUGUUUUUUUGCCUUUUUUGACAUAGUGUGGCAUCUUUCAGACUGUACAGUAAGCAUUCAGGAUAGCUAAGCCUAAGCCUAAUCAGUAGGCUGGUCAUUGGCCUCAUUAAAAUCUUCCAUAAUGACCUAAAGGUGGCCUGACCAUUUAGCUUUGAUAAAACUCCUUUGUUUGGGCAAAACAAAUGUCUUCUCACUGAGGAAGUCCUGUCUCAUCAUUGAAUAAGGAUACAACUAUUGGGUGAUUUGAAACUGAGCCAGAUUUAUGGAUGUAUUUUGUAAUAAAUAUAUGAACAACACUGCCAUGUUUUGACCAUAGUGGUAAUCUGAAGAGAUGAAUUACAACUGAAAGCAGUAAAUCAUUUUCCCAGGCCGUAAAACAUAGAGAAAUUUUAAAGAUUAUAGCCUAGUUCUGUAUAACGGCACUUUCCUCGCGCUUUUUUUUUUCGUUCAAGACAUGUCCGCAUUAAUGAGUAAUGCGUCCGUGAAAAGGAGACCCUGCAAUCAGUGUAGAGAUGUCUGAGAACAAGUGGAAUGUAUGUUGAACACAAAUAUAUAUGUCAGGUAACUCCCACAGAAGAGAUGUUCUUCAGCUGAAGUGCCUUAAGUCACUAAUUUAACAAUGAAUGUAAUAAUCGUUUAUAUAAACUAGUGCAAACCAUAUUUUACAGAAUAUUUUGGGACUUAGGGAAAUAAAUUACCUUUUUUAAUAGUAAGAGAUGUCAAGUAAAGGACAUAUUUUAUGAACCAGAUUUUCCCCCCAAAAUUAAAAAAAAUAAAACUUGCACUGUAAUAUGUCUGUCCGCUCUAACUCUUUAUUAAGUUGAAUCGAUAUUAUUUAGACCUGUUGUCACUGAGAAAGACUAGUCCUUUAAGAUAAGUAUUUGUAAUACAUAUAACAUUUUUAAUAGUGCAUUCACAAGACAUGCAGCAUAUGUCUUAAGCGGUUUUGAUUCACUAAAAUAAUGCAAAUCUUGUGUUACAGUAAUUCAGCACCAUAACACAUGUCACAAGCUCUUACCCUCUGUGAAUGGUCCCGUCUCAGGCUGACCUCCACUGUGUCCGUAUCACAUUCUGGUCUCGCGCUGGGCUAAACUUCCUAUGUUUGUGCCUCUGGUAGCUGACCACACAGAGAUGAUUGUGACUUAGAUUCAUUUCCCUCAUUUUUGCUCCUUUCUGCUGGUAUCACUCUGGCUUUUCAAAGGUGUCUCUUCGCAACGUGAUGAGUCCAGAUCAUUCCGCCACCUUUUGAAUCUGUUGCACCUCAUCAUGUCGUAAGGGGUCGUGCUACGAAUGUAUUGAUGUGUCUGACUCUGUUUCUAAAUUUAUACUGACUUUUUAUUUUUAAAGAAGUGAGAGCACAUGUUUGAAUUUCAUUAAUUCUCAGAAUAUUCUGUCUUUGAGUGUAUAAAUGUUAAAACAGUAGCAAAUAAAGUUGAAAUCAUUUUUAUUUACAGAUGGAACUUGGUGUUUAUCACUUGCUAGUUGGAUUUCAAUUUGAAUAUAAUUUAGUAGUAAAAGUUGUAAUAUAAAAGUUUCUUGUCUGCAUCACGUAUAUUUUUGUUAGCAAUAAUGUUGUUUGUGUGUUUGGCUCAGAGUAAUAUGAAAAUUGAAUGUACUGCCCUUAUAAAUUUAAGAUGUCUGGUUUAACUGGAUUAAUUACCAGCAGAUGGUUGUUGGGUUGAUAAGGUUUAACCACCCUGCUCAUGCAAGCCUUUGGUAUGUAAGCUCGAGCCCUUGUUUCUGUUAUUUGCAGACACUAUAUAUAAUACAGAGAAUGUUCUUUCAAGAGACUCCGCUGUAAACUUGUCGUCCUUGUUUUCAUUGGAAAGUAAAGGAUUUAUUUGCUUAAUUCACUUGUUGUACAGACAGCAUGAGAUAUGUAUGAUGAUUAUACUGCUUUAUACUUCUAGGGAAUGUUCACAUUUAAAAGGUUAUUACUGCUAGGGAUGGUCAUUGACGGGAGCUGCAGAGCUUCUCUUAUGCCGCCUGAUAAGAUGUGAUCUGAUUGCAGCAUUGACUCCAUUCAGUUUGUGGCUCUAACCCUCUUUGCAAGACCUUUCUUGCAGAUUAAUAUUUCCUUGGAUGCUUUCAGAGAUUAUUUCAGAUAUCGACCCAGUAAAAAUGGAGCAGAUGACUAUUAUUUUUCUGGAAAAAAAAAUAUCCCAUUUGUAGCCAGUGUUAUGGAAUUCAGAUAUCUUUACAUAGUAAUUGAUGUUAUAUAAACUUAAACUUUUUCUUUAAUGUCAUUAAGAUUUUUUUUUCUUCUCCAAAAACUGGGUAAUGAUGCCACUGAAAAGAACAAAUAUCAAAACUACUAAUGGAGUCAACUAAUGAGGACAGAAAAGUGUAACAGUGAGACAGCAAAAUGAUUAAUAAAAUGCUUGUUCAAGGGGAAGUUCUUCAUGUGUCAAACCUCAACUCUGAAUAUAAAUCUUGUUCUUUAACAUUUUAGUGAUGUUUUUAUUUAUUGCCCCAGGCUUUUAAUUUUUAUUAUUAUUAUUUUUAAUAUGAUUAAUGGACAUCUCGCGAAUGUCAGUUUAAUAGCUCAAAUUUUUGACGUGAGCUCUUCUGUUAUUAAUAGAAACGGGGAUUGAUAGGAAAUGGGCAUCGUACCUGAAACGACCUCCAGCAACAUCUGCAACAAAAGGUUCUUUUGUGAGUCGUUUGUUCUCAGCAUUGAUAUGUCGGCUAACCAUAUUCCCCUUGGCAGUUUGGCAUUUACAUAUAGCUGAAUUCCAGCAUCAGCCGUGUCACUGCAGUCCUUCCAUGCAGGACGCCAGUCUGAUGUGGGUUUGUUACAGGGGUGAGAUGCACAGCCGUAAUCAGUCUUGCUUUUCUGACACUGCUUAAUUGUGCUGGUUUGCAUGUUUUAUACCACCCCUCUGAAACUGUUUUUAAGUAAGCACUGCUUACUGAGUGUUACUGCAGUUAGCUUAGUCAUCAGAACAUUUGAAAUUCACCUUAUUCAUCUUAUUUAACCCUGUUUCACUUUGAUAUCAUUUAAUAUCACUUAACCUUCAAUGCUGUCCUUUGAUAAAUCGUGCCACUGCCCUCCCGGAUGGGGUAUAAUAGUUGCAAUUUGCAGAUCUGGUGGCAUUCUUGUGAAACUUUUCUUGCAUUGAAAUAAAGGGAAAUAAACUGUAAAGUAGUCUUAUUUCACAAACACAAAAAAACAAUAGUUACAUCUCAUGUCAUUUGCAGGGAGGAAUGGACCUGGUGUUCUGUGAAAUUGCAGUGUGAUUUCAGGUUGUCAUUUCAGUGAAAGAGGGCAGCCUUACCUAUGGUACAAGAGUAUUGUGGUCCCCUCCAGAACAUUCCACCUUAAUUAUCCCCUUUUAGGGCCUUGCAAGGCAGGGUGAUCUCGUGCAGUGAGAUGUUUUGAAUUUUGCUGUACAGGUACGAUGCACGAUCUUCUCUAGCUGGCCUGACAGCCUGCUCACGUCUGGGACGGUGCCAAACCCUUACAUGUGAUUUUUAACAAGCCACUGGUGCAGUUGUUGGUUGUUCAGACUGUCCAUGCCAAGCUUCUCUGGGCCUGGUGCCACCUUGCAGCUGCAUGGCAAGAAUAAACCCUACGGAAGCCCGUCCGUCGUCUAGUGUCCUCCUCCAACGGAGACCAAAACUUGACGUCCCUCGUUUAGGAUUCUGGUCUUCAAAAGGCUACGUGUUGCUGUUUUCAAUUACCGGUGACGUUUUCAUUUAAGAGCUGGACCUUAUCUGAACCAUGCACACUUAUAUACUCUUGACAGUGUCAUUGGGCCAGACCUAUUAAUGGAUGUUGUGAUUUAUUUGGUCAUUGCUCCAGAUGAAUUUGGCUUGGGGAUGAGUGAUUUACGCUCAUCCCAAUUUUUGAUUAAAUACAGUGUUCAUGCUGGAUGAAAAGUGUUUUUUGCUUUGACACUGGCCCUGUCGGCGUUUAUUUGCAGGUUAAUCGUGCGACAACAGGUCUUGGCUGAUGCACUGCAUCCCACCUUGUACCUGGAUUGCCCCGUGCUUUCAUUGCGGUUACCCAGGCAACAGCCACUGCAGAAAAUGCAUCACAUAAAUGCAGAAAAGUGUGAAGGCAGGCAUCCUGCAGCGCUGCUUGUAUUACCCUCUUGUUUAUACACCGUUGUUGGUACACAGUGAAAUUAAGGUUUUGUGUCCGGUUUCAAAGAAUCAAUAUCGGAUAGGGAUGACCCUGCACUUUUCAUGUUCAGGAUGUUCUGAAUAUUUCAUUGGCUGUUUACUUUAUUGAAUUUGUGCCUUUUUGUUUGGUAAUCAUCAUGAAAACAGACACCCAAAUGUCACAUGCAGUGGACUGGAGUAUAUACCCAAGCUGGUGUGUGUGUGUGUGUGUGUGUGUGUCUGUGUGUGUGUGUACGUGUGUACGUGCGCAUUAAAAUGCUGAUAUGUGGGAUGAAUGGACCUGUCACUCUGACGGUUCCUGUAGAGAUUUGCCUUUCGUCGAUAAGCUGAUGUUCUCUGCAUUCUAUUUGAUUAAAUCUGUCACAGAA